AUGCCGCGAAAGCCAACAGGCCGGCACCCACUAAUGAAGCCUCAGCCUUUCUCCUUCUCACCCUUUGGUCGUUCAGUGGCUCGAGUUGCCUCUGCUUACAAGCUCAAGGGCCAAAUGCCUGGCUCCAAAUUUCAUAGCAAAAAUUCCCCCAACACUCCAGGUAAUGGAUUUGUAAAUCAUGCUUUGGAAGAUGGAAGUGAAAAGUCUGAAUCAUCCGAGGAAGAAGGGUUUGAAGGAGUCAUCCAGGCAGAUUUUUCCUUCUUUGACCCAAAGCCUGAUGACUUUCAUGGAGUGAAGCCCCUGCUGGGGGCUUAUCUUGAUGAUAAGCAGUGGGAUCUAAGUGGUUUUGUGGACCUGAUAUUGAGUCAAAUCACAGUGGGGACAGUUGUUAAAAUAGAGAACAAUGAAGAUGAUGGGCUUUACUCUGUUGUCACUGCUCUAAACUUGGGAAGAUAUAAGGAUCAUAAAUGUAUAUUGGAGAUAAAGGAAUUCCUGCUUAAAGUGUGCCAGGAGAAGGAGGUAUUAGAAAAUUUGCGAUCAUUCGUGGUUGAGCAAGCACAUGAUGUGGGUCUCUUGGUCACUCAGCGUGUCGCCAAUCUUCCUCCUCAGCUUUUGCCACCCCUUUAUGAUGCUCUCUUUGAUGAAGUCUCAUGGGCAACAGAAGAUGAGCCAACAGAAGAGCUCCGGAAUUCAUUCCGCUUUAAGUUCUAUCUGCUGGUUAGUAGAAUCUAUAAGAAUAAGAAUGCAAACCAGGAAAGGAGGCCAAAUAGCAGUAGUGAUGAAGCAAUAAUAUACAUUAAGCCGGAAGAUGAAAUUUUUCACAAGGUACUAGUGCCUUGCUCAGUUCCUGGUCUUUCAGUUUCCCUUUGCGUACUCAGCAGGUUGCAACGCAUGAGGCAACUGAAAAAUUAUCGGUUAGUAGGUUUAGUCAUGGCCAUGGACGCAAAUAAAGUUUCCACAUUCAGGCAGCUGUUGAAAUCUUUGAUCAAUGAAGAAUGA